AUGUUGCUGUGGGUCGGCGUCGGGUUUGACGUCGACUCGGCAGGCCAGUGGUCGGUUGACAGCAGAAGGGUCAGACGGCGCCUGAGUGAGCAGGUGCCAGCCGCUGACGAGCGGGUGGCCGAGUCCCUUGACGGGCGCAGCGAAGCCAAGGUGCCAAGUGACAAGAGGGCGAGGAUGACGGCGCAGGAGGCCUGCAUUGGCAAGGCUCGCCUCGGGCCACAGCCAGCCCCUGAGUCUGACCCUCGAGGGCCUUGCCCCCUGCGUGCUGGCCUGGAGGUCCUGGGCUGCAACGGUAACGUCUGGAACAGGAGCGUCGAGGUCCUCGAGGCCUUCUUCCACGCCCACCAGUACUGGCCGCAGCUGGUCCUCCUUCAGGAGACGCGGCUAACCCAGGAACGGCUCCCUGGGGCCAGGGCGCUGGCACGCCGCCUCGGCUACGCCGCUUUCUUCCAUGAGGCGGUGGCGACGGGCCAGCCUGGCCCGAACGCCACGUCGGGCGGCGUCGCGAUCCUGGUGAGGGCUGGACUCCAGGCCGAGGAGUCAGCAUGCCAGCUCCCUGCGGCCCUGCGCCACCGCCUCAUCGGCGUCGAGGUCCUCCAGGCGGAUUUCAACAUGGAGCCCGAGCCCCUGCAGGAGCUGGGCUGGCCUGCAGCGGUUCGCGGUCAGGUGCUCGGACCCUCUGAAGCGACCUGCGUGGCCCAGGGCCUGGAGCGCGUCUAUGACUGGUUCGUCGCCUCGUCCGACCUGGCCACGUGCACGGUGUCCUGCGCGACCACGCUCAACGACUGCGGGCUGCGCCCGCACUCACCAGUGCUGCUGCGCCUCCAGGACAUCAGGUGCGAUGCCCUGGUCGAGGUGCCCUCCCGUCCUGCUCGGUUCCCAGAGGUGGAGGUCAAGGGCGUGUGCUCCCGCGAGGACGCCGUGGUCCAGGCCUUCACUGUCGGCAAGCGCGGGAAGGUGUCGCAGGGGGAUGUAGCUUGGUCGUGGGCUCAAGGUUCGUGCCCGACCAGCCUCUCUGCUGCUUUCGGCGAGUGGGUCGAGGCGGCGGAGGGUACCCUCACGGGCAUCCACGAGAUUGCGCCAGGCGACCUGCCACGCUACCUUGGGCGAGCGGCAGGGCCCAAGACCAGGCGCAUGCCCUUCAGCGCGCUGGUGCAGCGCGAGGCCAGGCUGAAGUACAGCAUGCUGACCCACCGCCUGAGGAGCUGCCUGGCGGUCGCCCUCCAGAGGCUUCGCGCAGAGCAGGCCAGCAGGUGGCACCCGACCCACUCCUGGUGGCAUGAGCAGCAGGCUGCGGCGAGGGCGAAGCUCCUGGACGAGGCGACCCAGGAGGAGGCUUGCCUUCGGAGCGCGCCCCUCCUCGGGGCGUCCGACGUGAAGCGGGGGGACCUCGCCUUCCACGCGGGGGCGAAGGGCUGCCCCACGGCGAUCGCCAAGCUACAGUCGUGGCUCCUGGCGCCCCAGAGGCGCGAUGCCGCAGAAGGAGCUGCCGCUUGGCGCAGUUGGGCCCAGACGGCGGUGGAGAAAGGAGGCCGCCUGGCCCACCGCUUCUCCAAGGCGGCUCCCACGCCUGUCGUCAGGGACGCCGACACAGGGAGGCCCCUCGUCGGCAUGGGCGCCGUUGACCAGCUCACGCGCACGUGGCAGCGGCUCUGGCAUCUGGAAGGCUUCUCCAGCGGAGUCGGAGCCCACCAGUGGGAUGUGGGAUCCUGGACGCUGCCGCCCAUCACCCUGGAGGCAUUGCAGCAGGCAUGCAAGCGCUACGGCCCGUCGGUGGGGCUGGGCUGCGACAACCUGCACCCUCGCCAGCUUCUCCUGCUGCCAGUGGCGCUGCAGCUUCGCCUGAUCGACAUCCUCACGGCGUUCGAGGACGAGCCUUCCUCGACCAGGGGACAGGUGGCCAGCCUGUUCCUGGACAUCCGCAAGUUCUACGAGCACGUGCGCCACGACGUCCUCUGGACGCCAGCCCAACGCUUCGGCUUCAACCUGAAGCUGCUGCGCGGCCUCCUCGCCAUCUACCAGGCCCCGCGGAUCGUGCUGGCAGGUGGCAUGGCUUCGGCCCCCUUUGGGGCCAGUGGCACAGUGCUGGCGGGCUGCGCGUGUGCGACGGCUGUUGCGAAGCUCCCCCUUCUUGGAGGCCUCCUCGCCGCUGGUGCUCAUCGGCCUCUUGCCACCCUGCGCAAUUUGGUGGACGACGUCUCGCUCCAAGCUGUCGGCUCGGCGAGGCUGGUCGUGGACCAGCUCGCGGGGGCCAGCGGGGAGGUGCUGCGACACUUGCGGGCCCACCACCUCCCGCUCAACGAGGGCAAGUCGGUUUUCCUGGCCUCGUCUGCACAGGUUGCGGACGGCCUCGUCGCCAGCUGGGCCGCCCUCGGCUCCGAGGUCAAGCGCGGCUCCCAGGCCCGCAACCUGGGCACCGACGCCAACGUGACCCGCAGAGGAGUCCAUGAGGGAGGCGCCCGCGCAGUGGGAGGCCUUUCCCGCGCCAGGCGGCUGAGAACCCUGGUCUCGGCGGGGGCCGCGGUGGUGCACAUUCACCGCGCUGGCCCUACCGCCGCCAUGCUGUGGGGCAGGACGGUCACUGGGGUGCCCGACGGCGAGCUUCACUCCUGGCGCCUGGCGGCUGCGCGCUCGGCAGGGAAGCUCCCCAAUGGCGCCUCCCUUGGGCUGAGGCCCAGGGCGAUCGAGGUGCAGCGCUCCACUGACCUGGACCCGGGCCCAGCCCUGGUGCGCGCCGCUGUGCAGGUGGCAGCCAGCCUCCUUCAGACGGGCGAGGUGCCCCUGAGGAUGUUCGCGACCUGCCUGGAGGAGGCCGAGCGCAGGCACGGCAGCGCCAGGGUGCCCUGGGUGAACUGCAAGAACCCAGUCGACGCCCUGGCCCUCUCUCUGUUGCGGGUUGGGUGGCGCCUCUCGGCUGGGCACUUCCUCCACACCGAUGACGGCCACACCUUGGACAUGCUGAGCAUGGGCCCCCGCGAGCUUGGGCUGCUGGCUGCGGCAGGUGCACGCAGGGCCUCCGACAGAGCUGAGCUGACGCGGCUUGGGCACGGAGCCGCCCCCUCCAUGCCCUUGUUCUGGGACGCGCUCGGCCAGGUCAUCGGGCCGUGCGGCAGGUUCAGCAGCAGGGAGAAGGCCGCGGUGGCGAGCUACGUGUCCAACGCCCACUGGCCCCAGACUCGCCUCUUCGCGGCUGGUGAGGAAGUGGGGGAGUGCUUCUCCAGGUGCUGGCUGCCGCAGCCCCCGCAGACGGCCUGGAGGUCGGACGCUACGGCAGUCAUGUGGGUGAACAGGCCUGCCGACGGGCUGCUAGGCGGUCGCCUCUUCCUCGGCGGCUCGGCGCUCGACCCUGGGUUCGAGUGCAUCCGCAGGGCUGGCUGGAGUAUCGUGCAGUGCGACGAGUUCGGCAACUUGGAGGCGGCUGUGUACGGCACGGUCCGCCUCGACCUGUGCCCCUUCCAGACGGCGAAGGACGGCGAGGACUUCGCGGCCUGGAUGCUGAGCCGCUACCUCGGGCCCUCGAUCAUCGAGAUCAAUCUCGGCUGCGCGUCCACAGCCAGCUGCUUGAAGCUUGGCAGGAAGUAUGCGACGGCUGCCAACAAGCCCAAUGCACACCUGUGGUCGGCCGUCUACGCCUCGCUGGACCUCGACUCGCUCAUUGUGAACAAGGUUGCGGUCCUUUGCACCGAGACCGAUGUUCGCGAGGGCAGGAUCUCGGAGUUUCAGUUGCUUGGGAACGGCCACGCCGACAGGUUGGCGAAGGCGGGGGCGGCCCUCCACAGGGUCAGCGCGGCGGCCAGGCGGGAGUUCUUCGGCGCGAUGGAGGUCGUGAGAGAGCUCUCCAGGUGGAUCGCGCAGGCCUCGAUCGUCUGGCAGGACAGGGACUCCAAGGACUGCGAGGGCCUUCCUGAGGGCGACGAGCGGAGGACUGCUGUCACCUUCGCGGUCCCGCUGGAGGAGUGUGCUGACGGCCCGCGGGCGGCUCCCGCGAACGGAUUGGGCGCCCCGCCCGCCGCCGUGGGGGCCCGUGGAGAACAGGCCGGCGGCCGCCCCGCCGCUGUCGGCGCCUGGGCUUCGGCAGCGCGCGACGGAGGAGUAGCGCUGGGCGCCCUGGUUUUCGCCGUCGCGGGGCACGCCCUCGUGCACGCCAGGCGCGGUGAGGACGGCGACCAGCAGGAGAUUAUUGCGUGCACCAGGUGCGGAGCGUAUGCGAGGCUUGGCGCACGCCCUGGCCCGCAGCCCAAGCUCAGGGAGCGCUGCCCUGGCUCUGCGGGCCUCCCCAGGUCGCUGCGGGACCAGAAGUCGCCGUGGGAGCGUGGCCUCCACCCUGGGGGCACGCCACACGCCCGCGACACGCGGAGGAAGGGGGCGGAGGCCCCCCGCCUUCGCAAGGAGGCUGAGGUGCCGCUGGACGCCAGGGUGCGCUUCCUGAAGUGGCUCGGAAUCCAGCCUGAUGCCCCAGCAGGAGUCGAGGGCAGCGCCUCGGCGGCAGACGCUGCUCGGGGCGGCGCUGGCGCUGCGGCCUCCUCCUCGUCAGAGCUGCCCGCUGGGGCUGGCGUCGCCGCGGCAGGUGCGGGAUCGCGGCAGGCCUGGCUGGAUGCUUACGGCCUCGACGAGGAGAGCCUGCUGAGCUGA